GAAUUAUUACCCCCGGAAAAGCGAUUCGCCAAUCGGCUAACAACUGGGUUCCUACUUACUGCUAGGUAACAGAGGUGUGUGGACUCCCAGGACCCCAUCAGAAGAAAAUUUAUUGGGGGGGGGGGAAACAGUAGAUCACCACUGUAGGAAUAAUGGAUGGAGAAGAGCGGAGCUAUGGAAGCUGUGAAGGCCCUGAUGCUAUGUACGUGAAGCUGAUCUCCUCCGAUGGCCACGAAUUUAUUGUAAAGAGGGAGCAUGCAUUGACUUCUGGUACUAUUAAAGCCAUGUUGAGUGGUCCUGGACAGUUUGCUGAAAAUGAAACCAAUGAAGUAAAUUUCCGUGAGAUUCCAUCCCACGUGCUAUCUAAAGUGUGCAUGUAUUUUACCUACAAGGUUCGCUACACCAACAGCUCUACGGAGAUUCCUGAAUUUCCAAUUGCACCAGAGAUUGCACUGGAGCUACUGAUGGCUGCAAAUUUCUUAGAUUGUUAGAAAAUAAAAAUGUAACUUAUAACCCC